AUGACUAUUAAAUUGGUGGUGGGUGAGUGUACUUUAAAUGUCGUUAGCACGUACGCGCCGCAAGUAGGCUUGGAUGAGGAGAUUAAAAGGCAUUUUUGGGAGGGCUUGGAUGAUAUCGUUCAUAGUAUUCCGCCUUCCGAGUGGUUAUUCAUAGGAGGGGAUUUCAAUGGUCAUAUUGGGUUGUCUGCAGGUGGUUAUACUGAGGUGCAUAGCGGCUUUGGUUUCGGGGAACAGAACGGAGGGGGCACUUCGCUACUAAAUUUUGCCAAGGCAUUCGAUCUAGUGAUUGCGAACUCAAGUUUUCCGAAGCGGGAGGAGCAUUUGGUUACUUACCAAAGUUCGGUGGCGAGGACUCAGCUUGACUAUCUCCUCAUCAGGAGAUGCGACAGAAGGUUAUGCGAGGAUUGCAAAGUUAUCCCAGGUGAUACCCUUGCAACGCAACAUAGGUUUUUGGUGAUGGACAUUAGUAUUAUGAUAAGGAGGAAGCAGAG